UCCAUGUGUCCCUGGACAAAGUGCAGCCCCUGUACCAGGCAGCCGACCUCCUCCAACUGGACUAUGUGAGAGACACCUGCAGCAGCUACAUGGCCAUGAACGUGGAGCACUCCACCUGUGUGGACCUGUACAAGUUUGCUGAUGUCUUCUCUGUGGACACUGUCCUGAGGCGUUGUGUGGAGUGGAUCGAUAUAAACUUUACUAAGUUUUCCUUAAGAGAGGAAUUUUGCAGCAUGAGUGUGAAUCAACUGACUGAGAUCAUCAGCCACGAUGAGCUGGAAGUUAAAGAGGAGACAACAGUGUGGGAGGCUGUGGUGAGAUGGGUGCAGCACAGCAGGGAGGACAGACUGCACCACCUACCCAGCAUCCUCCCUCACAUCCGCUUCAACCUGAUGACCUCAGGCGACACGGCAGCCAUCUUGAAACAUCCCCUGGUCAGGGAGGAUCCUGGAAGUUCUGAGGUGAUCAGGAAAGUGGUACAGAAAGGGAACCCCAACCCGAAGCCGAGGCUUUGGAUGACCACGGAAAUGAUUCUGAUGUACAAUUCGAACUGGAAUUCCAAGGAGCUCUUUUUCAUGAACCCUCGUAAAGGGAAGUACAUCAGCUGCCUUUACAAAUCUGAAGACCUCCCUCGUGUCGAUAGUAUGACAGUCACCAGUGAUAACAACGUCUAUAUCCUGCAAUCAGAAUAUAGGAAGCUGACCCUGUUCAAAUACAACCAUGCAGAAAACAUGUGGGAACAAGCUGGUGUGUCCUCCUCUAAUGGACCAGAAGAUCAGUUGUAUGAGAGAAACUUACAUGCGGUUGAUGGGAUGCUAUAUUACCUUGCUGUUAAUCCUGAAGAAGUCCAACCUUUGCUGCAGAUGAUAAAGUACAAUCCGCACACGAACCAGUGGCAGGACUGUUCACCGCUGCAACUCAGUGAAACUUUAUACCGCAGUGCAACAGUGUCCUGCGGCUCACACCUCUAUUUCCUCAGAACGGAGGAAAUGCAUUGCUACGACCCAAGCCAAGAUCGCUGGAACGAGCAAACCCCACCAACCACCAUACCUGAUGUCUGUACAGCUGUUGCCAUGGGAACAGAGAUUUUCUGCAUAGAUUUUGACUUCACCCAGACUAUGAUGUACGACACAGUGUCAGAUUGUUGGCAGGAACUGCAAGGCUGGACUAAACCAGGAAAUCUUUGUAUGAAAUACAGUCCAAGUCUUUUUGUAAUGGAGAACCAGCUACAUGUAUUGUUGGAGGUCUAUGACACUGACAGACAAAGUCAAGGGUCAUCUACAGACUGGACACAUCUCAUAUAUGUGUAUGACAGGUCGGCUGAUGCUUGGAGAGACUUGAAGGCCACCCUGCGUGAUAUUAAGAAAUAUAGUGCUUAUGGUUCUUGUGCCCCUGUGGCACGUAUGUAUCUACCAUAUCUUAAGACGACCGAAAACACAUUACUCCUUUGUCAUUGUUAAUGUGCAGGAAAGGUCUCAAAGACUGAAUAAAGACCUUAUAUUUCGAUCUUUGAUUUUGCCAAAUUAUAGAUUGAAACGUUUGCUUAUAGGUAUGGACAUCUUUCUGUAAGAGACUGAACUGAUGAUUUGUGCCCUAAAGUUCAACAGCAGUUAAAAUACAAGAUAGCAUUAUACUAAGUGCCUUUCUAAUAAGUGUACCGGGGCAUUCAUUGUACUUUUUGGUGAGGGGGCAGUUGUUACAUGUAUGGGAGUCCUAGUUAAGUAACUAGGGUGGCACACAGGCAAAGAUGCCAUGCCUUAUAUGAAACCUUGUACAUAAUUCUACCUGUAUGGUUUAUAUUAUAUUGUGUAGCAUGAUUAACAUUGUAUUUGUUGGUCACCAUACAGUUUCGUUUUAAAGCAAUUUGCAAAGUUACUUAAGAUAGAUUCAAGCCAGUUCAUAUAUAUAGGUAUUUUUAUCUAGAAUGUAACUGUUAUAUCUUUUUUUUUAUCUGUUGUACCGUGUAGGUUGCUCGGUAUCAGUCAGAGAGCUUGAUGCUGCUAACCAAUCUUUUCUUGUGUAUGGUUAGUAUUGAGCACAGAGACGUGUGCUCAACUUAAGACCAGUGGAAUAAGAGGUCU